AUGAUGGGUCAAAGAUUGGCUGCACUAGAAAAGAAUUAUAAACGAGUGGAUCGUUCUAUUACAACGAUCAAUACUCAUCUUGAUGUUGUUGAAACAUUUGCUGAUACUCGUUUCAAUACGAUUGAUACUCGUUUCAAUACCAUUGAUACUCGUUUCAAUACGAUUGAUACUCGUCUUAAUGCGAAUGAAAUGUAUCUAAAUAAAACUACAAAAGUUUUCCAAAAGCGAUUAGAUAACUUAGAUGCUCGAUUGAAUCAACUGUGUGAUAACGUCGAUACCAUUCUCAUGAUGUUAAAACAAGCUGAAGUUAAAAAUAAAAACAAAGCUAACAUAGAUUUUGACAAUGGUUGGAAACUGUGUGAACCAAGUGAAGAAUUCGACUUAUAUCAAAAUGAUCAACAUUCAUGUGGAGUCCAUCUUUUAACACAAGCUAAAGCAUAUAUUAACCGUGAACAACAUAAAGCUAUACCUCAAGACGAAAUCAACUUAUAUAGACAUCAAAUAGCUGAAGAAAUACUUCGGUAA